AUGUCAUCCAUGAUUUCCGUAGAAGAAGAAAUAUAUAGACAACACCGUGGAUGGAAGUACAUAAAAGAUGUAAUAAAACAACGGCACGGAACGCCAGAUCUCAAAUCCUUACAACGCUUUGAGAAAUUAAAAAUUAAACAAAGUCAAAUCAGCAACAACAUCAUCUUUCUAAAACAAUGCAAACGAAAUUAUGUGAUUCCUAAAGGACUCCGCCUAAAGAAUCCAAUUCAAGACUACAUUCCAACGCAAGUAAUUGUGGAGAAAGCCAGCCAACAAUUGGUCAAAUCUAUUCUGGGGAAAAAUUAUAAAGAUCUUCAAAAUUUGGACAAGCUCACGAAUAAUUUGAGUGAACAACUGAACUCCAAAUUUCAAGAAUUGUGGAUGGAAAUACAAGAUAUACUUGUUCCUCGAUUAACUCAAAUUUCUACAGAAGUCAAAACACGCGAGAAACUACUCGAUGAAAAGAUGAGUAAAAAUGUUUUGAUUGAAAAGCAGCCAACCUUCAUCAAUUUGAGCAAAAGGAAACUAAAUCAAAACGAGGAAGAACUCUUAAAUUUAGGAUUAAAUUAUGCUGUCCCACCAUCAAAACCAAACCACACUCUUAUCGAAACAGCAAUCAAUAUUGAAAAGCGUCUGCAAGAUAUAGACAAUGGUAUGAUGCAUGAGAUAAAAAAGAACAGCAUCCGCACAGGCGCUUCACAAAUUAUUCGAUCAAAUAAAUCCAAAACUCAGAUUCCACCAUCCUACUUCAAAAAGCUAAUUCCAUCAAUCAAGUCGCUAAAAAAUGACAACUCAAUAGUAAUCCUACCUGCUGACAAAGGAAACUGCACAGUAAUUAUGGACAGAUUCGACUAUGAACAAAAAUGCCUAACAAUGUUAACAACUUCAACUUACACUACCAGGACAGUAGAUCCUUCUCCAUAUUAUGAGAAGAAAAUCGGACAAAUGUGUCUCAAAAUGAAGAAAGAAAAGAAAUUAUCCGAACACGAAUACAGAACUAUUGUCCCCCGUCAAUCAUUAACUCCAGUAUUUUAUGGUCUUCCUAAAAUCCAUAAAAAAGACGUCCCACUACGACCAAUUGUAGAUUUUAAGAAUUCCCCUUCAUUUCAUCUGGCUUCACACCUCAACAUCAUACUGAAGUCCAUUUCAAAGAAGACCUACGCCGUCAAAAACUCAUAUGAAUUUGUCGAUCGCCUAAACAAAGUCAAAGUCAAACCAGGAUACAUUUUAGGCUCGUUUGAUGUUACAUCCCUAUACACCAAUGUCCCACAACAACAUACAAUAAACUACAUAAAACAGAGACUAAAAGAAGAAAAAAGAUGGAAACAGAUAACAAAUUUGGAAGAAAUAGACAUAUUAGAAAUGCUUAAUUUAUGCCUAGAAUGUAACUAUUUCUUGUUCCGGGGAAACCUGUACUAUCAGAACGAUGGCGUACCAAUGGGAUCACCAGUGUCACCAAUAUUUGCAGAUUUAUUUAUGGAAAGUCUAGAAGAAAACAUAGUCCCUGUGAACCCGUUCAUAUCAUAUUGGAAUAGUGAACAUAGAAGAGAUCUCAGAAAUAUGACAGAAACGUCAGCAAUUGUCCAACACAUCAACAACAACCCUACGCAUCAAAUCAAUUUUGCAGACGCAAACAUAAUUCAUUUUGAACCAAGAUAUUUUGCAAGAAAAUUUAAAGAAGGCUUGUACAUUAACGCUGAACAGCGUUCGAUGAAUCAAAAUGAUGGAAUACAUAUUAAUCCAAUUUGGACACCAACACUCCUUCCAUUACUUUGA